UUCUCUGUAACUAGCCGUGUAAACCUAUCUAAACAAGGAUCGCUAGAGAAGGGGUAAUUUAAUUUACCAAAUAUUUUUAUUUUCCUAGUCUACAUAAAACAUAUUGUGAAAAAGUGAUAGAAAGGCACAAGAUUUUGUUUCUGAGGUAGCUCCUGCGGAGAAUCAUGGAUGACAACUUUUUGUACGUAAUUGCAGCCGAAAGCGACGGAGAACAGUAUGAGGCAGCGGGUGGCGGUGACGUUCCCCUGGAAGACAACGACACCGACGAAGAAGAGCAACAGUUUGAUAUAGCGCUAGCCGCCUCUCAUUCUUACAUGGGCCCAGGACUGGUGGCUGUGAGUGGCAGAUCUGUGCUGGAGGCAGGAUGGGAAGGCCGAGUGCCUGUGGUGGCACAUCAUGGGGCAGUGUUCCCGGGAGAGACGGUGCCCAUGCUACUGCCCAAUGCACAUGACGCUGCGGUGCUCAGUAGAGCUAUAAAGCAAGACAAGUUGUUUGGAUUGUUGUGUCCUGAUGAGAGCGGCACGCUGGUGUCGGGGUACGGCGUGCUGUGCGAGGUGUUCGAGGCGGGGCUGGGCUCGGGGUUGUCUGCGGGGCUCGGCGCGGCGCGCGGCGCGGAGCCGGAGCGCGAGCCGCCCGCCGCGCUCAGCUUCAAGGCGCGCGCCACGCACCGCUUUCGCUUCCUCAACAUGCCCAAACACUCGGUGCCCAUACAUCUCUAUGCUAGGAUGCGGUGCGUGGAGGUGGUGGUGUUGCCGGAGGUGUCGCCGGCGGCGCCGCUGGCGCGCGUGCGCCUCGCCGCGCUGGACUCACUGCGACACUCCAGCCCCGCGCUGGACCGCCGACUGCGCGGGAUGGACGCGGCGGUGACUCCGUGGCCGCUGUUCGUAUACGAGAUAUUUGACUACGCGCGCAUGCGACAGGUCAUCAAAGACUACUUCAAGACCAUCAUGCUUGACAAGUUGCCGGAGGACCCGGUGUCGCUGUCGUUCUGGGUGGCGUCCAACCUGGCGCUGUCGGCGCGGGACCGGCUCGCGCUGUUCGUGGUGGACAACGCGCUGCUGCGCCUGCACAUGGAGGUGCGCUUCAUCAGCCGCAAAAGCGUGUUGUGUUGUUCUUCGUGCAUGGGCGAGAUAGCGCGGAGGGAACACAUCUUUGCCAUGUCCAGUGAGGGCGUGCACUCCAAUUAUACCAAUCUAGGCGGCUACAUGCACGACAUCGUGACGGUGUCGCGCGCCGUCAACACGGAGCUGAACGGCUCGCCGUCCGCCGAGUACUCGUGGUUCCCCGGCUACACCUGGACCAUCGCGCUGUGCCAGAGCUGCAUGGCGCACGUCGGCUGGAGGUUCGACGCGCUGAAGCGCAACCUGCGGCCGCAGCAGUUCUACGGCCUGUGUCGCAACUACGUGCAGCCGCGCACCGACCCCGACCCGCCCGACCGACACACGUGAACAUGCGCACACACGCCGGUAUACGGACUGACAUCGGAACGGGGACACUAUCUAGGCGGGUCAUAUAUCUAGUAGAAUUUUCCUAUGUUUUAAAUAUUUAUAUUAUAUUUAUAAGUCAGUUUUGCUCGAGUAAUGGGAAUGUAAUCGGAGACUGACGCCUCUAAGGUGCACUCGUCAUCCCGUACCCGCGCCUCUCAUCAUAAUUUUAAUUAAUGUUUCCCCUAUAUCUUUAUAGAGAUCUCUCCAGUGCGUCUUCACGCGCUGUGAACUUUACAGUUGUGUUCCCGUAAAUGAGCCAAGCAUUUCACAUCAUGGUAUAUUUUUUCUCUAUAUUAUAAAUGUUGUACGUAAUUCCCUUUGUGGUGAAGCGGUUGAGUAAUAUAAGUGUUGAGCGGGCAGGCCUUGGGAUUUGUGACAAGUUAUUUAUAAGAACGGAUGAACAGGGACUCUCAGACUGGUAGACGUGGAAGUGAGCGACACAUUGGAAACCCGUAGUUUUAAUCUUCAGUGUAGUGAUCAAUGGACGAUGCGCCAAUAGUGCUCAUUGUCUUUUUCAAAUUAUUCUUGUACCUUGCUUCGUAAUUUAAACAGAAUAGUAUUGUGUACUCUUAAAGAGGCCAAAUACAGGCCAAAAAUAAUUUUUGGUGUUCAUAUUAGAGUUUUUUUUUACUCAUCAGUAAUUGUAUUUACUUAAAUAUAUUUUUAAACAGUGACUGUUUAGUGUAAAGUUUUAUUUUAUGCUCAAAAAUUUAUUAAAUCACAAUAUAAUUAUUGUUUGAAGUUGACAUAUUUAUAUAGCAUUCUAAUGUUUUAUGGUAUAUGCUUGCUGUUGUAUUAAUGUUUAGUGUGGCAACUUCAUUAAAACAUAUACAGGUAAGAUAACGCGGACACCGCCAAGGAAUAAGCAAAGGCCCUACAGAUCUCAAAUUGUAUCCAUAUAUCAUACAAACUCAUUUGUUGUAGUUAAAAUAAUAUAAAACAAAUUAAUUACAACUGUGUUCUAUUCUACCCGCAAACAUUUUGUGCACCUAAGAUACCUCUCUCUCUUUCUCUCCCUCCAAAUCCCCAUUCCUUCAACUCAUCAUCAAGCUCUAGGUAUCGUUGCCUUAUUUAUCCAGUGUCUGUGCCCACGAAUCAGUUUACUAGUGUAGUAAAACAUAUUUAACUGUAUCCCUAAAUUAGAUCGCCUAUGUCUUGAGUAUGUCAAUCAUGUUUCUAUUACAAAGUAUUGAAUGCUAGUAGUCGAUAUGUCCGUGCAGUUAGAAACAACUCGUGGAGUCGCCACACUAGCUAUUUGUUUUUAACAAAUACUAAAAUUACUUCUUUGUGUAUAAAGCUAGUCGUCUGCAAGUUUGUUUUCUUGUCGGUGAAUGUAAAUAGAUGUAUGUACUAUCAUACCACUAUCUGUUACCUAAAACUAUAAAUAAGUCAAUAAAGUAUAUUGUUAAAUACAAAA